CACAAUUUCCUAUGGAUUAAAUCUUUAAAUAAAAUAAAACCCCCUCGCUGCUGUCGUUGAUAGUCGAUGAGCUCGGGGACAUGUCGGAGAGAAAGUUGUAUCCGGUGAUGAUGUAUGUUUGGUUUCUUUCUUGUACGCGAAUAGGUUGAGACGAAAUGUGAGCGUGUGGUUUCGCCAAGCUUUCUUUUUUGAAGUUCACACUUCACAUUUUGAAAUUCUUGGCAACAAAGCACAAUGCAGAAUCCGACAGAGUUCAGACUAAAGAGCUUUAUUUCGCGCUUUGAUCUCCUGCCAUCGCAACAAACCGGUAGCGCAAGAAAACAGAGAGGAGCAGAGGAUAACACGGAAAAGAUGGACGAGAUUGCUCAGCAUAUGGACAUGACUCACAAGCGAGCCUGCAUUGACCUUGAGAAGGCCACUAAACUCAUCACACAAGUUUUGCAGCAUGAAGUAGGGAGGAAUCGGGAGCUCUGCAUGUUGAUUCGUCGCCUGGAGGACAGGGAGGUGGAAUCUCGGCAGAGACUGUCAGACCAAGCUGAGUCCAAGAGCCUGCUGAAGGUGAAGAUCGAUGAGCUACAGAAACGCCUGGAGGAAAGAGACAACGCCCUUACACAAGCCAACCAGACAGUGGCUUUACUGAGGAAUGAACUGAGAGACCUGCAACAACAGCUUCAAAGACAACAGAGUACAGAUAGGACACACCAAAAAGAAGAUGACUGGCUUCAGGUUGGGGAAAGCCAGUUCAAAGUUGAGAUGUUCUUGUCUCAUGUCCAGAGUCCCCCGGUCUCAUCUGAGGGUCCAGUGUCUGGGAUUAAGAAUGAUGAAGGGGCCCAGGAUGAUGGCUAUGGAGAGUACAGUCAGUCUGAGAACUCUGAACCCAGAAUGGAACACAUCAUGUCUUCAGCGGCAGACAUUAAAACUGAACUGAUUCAGGAGGAAGUGGACAGAUCGAGCAUGGCUCCUAUUCUCAGCUCUGAGAUGGGCCUGUAUGGGCCGUCUCCUACAGAGCCCCUGUAUAUGGCCCAUGUGGACGGGGUGUCUGCGGAGCUGGUGGACUGCUGUAGGACCGAGGGACAGCAAGGGACGGACUUGGAGAGCUUCAGAGAUGGAGAACAGCUUGAGACCUUGAAACGAACAGGACCAUUCACGUCAUCCUCCACGGCUCAAACUAGGGAUCCCACAUCCAGCUGGACCCUGCAGACUGUUGCCUCGUCCACCUGCUCCUCGGAGCCGGAAGAGUCCGGGAAUUUCUCCUAUUCUCCGUGUGACGACGACGACGACGGCCUGGCGGGAGACCUCGCGGGAGACCUCGCGGGAGACCUCGGGCGAGACUCGGACGCUCUCCGGACGGGGGAGAGACCGUACCACUGCCCCCAGUGUGGCAAGACUUUCAGCCGAGAGAACAUCCUGAAGCAGCACCUGUGGCGCCACUCGGGGCCCCGGCGGCACCACUGCCUCCAGUGCGGCAAGAGCUUCACCCACAUGGGCAACCUCAAGGUGCACCAGCGCACCCACACGGGAGAGAGACUGUACCCUUGCGCGCAGUGCGGCAAGAGCUUCACCCACGAGGGCAAGCUCAGAACGCACCAGCGCAUUCACACAGGAGAGAGGCCUUACCAGUGCGCGCAGUGUGGCAAGAGUUUCACCCAGAAGGGGAACCUCAAGACUCACCAGCGCACGCACACCGGCGAGAGGCCGUACCGGUGCCUGCAGUGCGGGCAGGGCUUCCACCGCGAGUACAACCUCAAGCUGCACCAGCACGUUCACGCGGCCGAGAGGCCGUGGCAGGGCGCCCAGCGCGGCAAGCGGUUUGCCGAGGUAGGACAAGUCUUGAGAAGAUACCAGCGCCGCACUCCCGCGGGGGAGAAACCAUAUCGCUGUGCUCAGUGCGGCGAGAGUUUCACCUUACAGCACCAGCUUAAACAACACCAGUGCACUCACAUAGGAUGAGUACAGUUCUGUCCUAUUUGUGUCUUUGCAUUUUGAUUUCACAACUUUUUUUUGGUUUUUGUGUUUUUUUUUUCUUCUUUUUCCUACUUUCUCCAAAAUAGAUGUGCUGGAAGAGAGAACAUUUUAAUUUUAAUUAUUAUUUUAUUAUAAUGUAAAAAGAAACAUUUAUCAUAAUUCACCAUGGUAUGUGCGACCUGCACUGAAAACUGCCUAUAUGUACACACUGGUGUCCAUUUGAACCACAGCUACAUAUGAGUUACAUAAAUGUGUAGUGCAGAUAUGGGA